AUGCUGGGUGGGCCCGGACUUGAAACAGUCGUUGAUCAAAUCAUUUCUGUUAUCACAAACGAUGGACGCAACAUAGUGGGAGUUUUGAAAGGGUUCGAUCAAGCAACAAACAUAAUUCUUGAUGAAUCUCAUGAAAGAGUUUAUUCCACCAAGGAAGGUGUUCAACAACUCGUAUUAGGUCUCUACAUCAUACGGGGUGAUAACAUAAGUGUUAUUGGGGAAUUGGAUGAAGAGCUUGAUGCAAGCUUGGAUUUAACAGAAUUAAGAGCUCAUCCUUUGAAGCCUAUUAUUCAUUGAUCAUUUACAUGUUUUUUUUGAAUAUGUAGACUUAAAUGUUCUAUGAAAAUUUUUAAAUUUAGUUUUUGAAUAAAAUUUUUAUCGGAUUAAGGACACAUGAAAUCGAAGUGCUUAGUAUGUGUUCAUGAUUUUUACAUUUAGCUUGCGUUAAAUGCUGUUUAUGUUGUUUGGAUAGAUGAUUUUUUAAAGUAUUUGAGAAAAUAAUGACACGUUGAUACACUUGGGGAAUG